UACUACCCCCCAUGGUUUACACCAAGCUCUUCACCCUCGCUGCCCUCACCAUCCUUGCGGUCGUCACAGGGGUAACCAGCGAAGAUCCAAAUCCGAUUCUUCCCGGCCAAUGUAUCAGCCCUCGCACCAUCCAGUGCUGCGUAGAUGCCCGAAACAUAAACGAUCUCGAUCCGAACAUGAGAGGCCUUGUGGAAUCUAUCGUGCUGUUACCUCUGCCAGAUGUCGGCCCGCUCAUUGGAUUUUCGUGUACGCCGGCUACGCAGGACGUUAAUGGGAAUUUCUCGUGUGGUGAAGGUUCCCCUCAUCCUUUGUGUUGUGCGAAUAACUAUUAUGGUGGUAUAAUCUCCAUCAAAUGCGUUCCUGUGACCCUCUGAGCCUUAUUCCGGGUCGUUUUGAACUUGUUCUUCAGUUAUUGGUCAAACAUGCAGAAUGUAAUACAGAAAAGAGAGAGUCGAGGAAACUGUGUCGGAAUCGGAUUUUGGGUCAGGUAGUCAGUGACUAGUCAUGUUACGUAUGUUCUUGAAAGGAAACCCUAAAAAACAUAAUUCAGAAGAGCCUC